AUGUUCCCCGCGCAGGACACUCUGCCCCGCGGCGGGCUGAACCUGAAGGAGGAGCCGCUGCUGCCCGCCGGCUUGGGCUCUGUGCGCUCCUGGAUGCAGGGCGCGGGCAUCCUGGACGCCAGCACCGCGGCGCAGAGCGGUGUGGGCCUGGCCCGCGCACAUUUUGAGAAGCAGCCACCCUCCAACCUCAGGAAAUCCAACUUCUUCCACUUCGUGCUGGCCAUGUAUGACCGGCAGGGGCAGCCUGUGGAGGUGGAGCGCACGGCCUUCAUCGAUUUCGUGGAAAAGGACCGAGAACCUGGGGCUGAAAAGACCAACAAUGGGAUCCACUAUCGCCUCCGGCUGGUGUAUAACAAUGGACUUCGGACAGAGCAGGAUCUCUAUGUGCGCCUCAUUGACUCCAUGUCCAAGCAGGCAAUCAUCUAUGAGGGGCAAGACAAGAACCCCGAAAUGUGCCGCGUGCUGCUCACCCAUGAGAUCAUGUGCAGCCGGUGCUGUGACCGGAAGAGCUGUGGCAACCGGAAUGAGACGCCUUCUGAUCCGGUCAUUAUUGACAGGUUCUUCCUCAAGUUCUUCCUCAAGUGCAACCAGAACUGCCUAAAGAAUGCAGGGAAUCCCCGAGACAUGCGCCGCUUCCAGGUGGUGGUGUCCACGACAGUGAGUGUGGACGGACAUGUGCUGGCCGUGUCCGACAACAUGUUUGUGCACAACAACUCCAAGCAUGGUCGCAGGGCGCGCCGGCUGGACCCCUCUGAAGCUGCCACCCCCUGUAUCAAGGCCAUCAGCCCCGGGGAGGGCUGGACCACAGGAGGCGCCACCGUCAUUGUCAUCGGUGACAAUUUCUUCGAUGGAUUGCAGGUCGUGUUCGGGAACGUGCUCGUGUGGAGCGAGCUCAUCACGCCCCACGCCAUACGGGUUCAGACGCCCCCGCGGCACAUUCCCGGGGUGGUGGAGGUGACCCUGUCCUACAAGUCCAAGCAAUUUUGCAAGGGAGCCCCCGGCCGUUUUGUCUACACAGCCCUGAAUGAGCCCACCAUUGACUAUGGAUUCCAGAGGCUACAGAAAGCCAUCCCCAGACACCCCGGAGAUCCCGAGAGGCUGCCCAAGGAAGUGCUGUUGAAGCGGGCGGCCGACUUGGCGGAGGCCCUGUACGGAGUGCCCAGCAGCAACCAGGAGCUCCUCCUGAAGCGCGCGGCCGACGUGGCCGAGGCUCUGUACAGCGCCCCACGCGCGCCUGCGCCGCUCGGACCCUUGGCCCCGAGCCACCCGCACCCCGCCGUCGUGGGCAUCAACGCCUUUAGCAGCCCGCUGGCCAUCGCCGUCGGGGACGCCACGCCGGGCCCGGAGCCGGGCUACGCGCGCAGCUGCGGCAGCGCGUCCCCGCGCGGGUUCGCGCCCAGCCCCGGCUCGCAGCAGAGCAGCUACGGCAGCGGCCUCGGCGCGGGCCUCGGCGGCUACGGGACACCGGGCGUUGCCGGCCUAGGCGUGCCCGGGUCCCCUAGCUUCCUCAAUGGCUCCACGGCCACCUCGCCCUUCGCCAUCAUGCCCUCUAGCCCCCCGCUGGCCGCUGCCUCCUCCAUGUCCCUCCCGGCCGCUGCCCCCACCACCAGCGUCUUCUCCUUCUCGCCUGUCAACAUGAUCUCCGCUGUCAAACAGAGGAGCGCCUUCGCCCCCGUGCUGCGCCCACCCAGCUCCCCACCCCAGGCCUGCCCGAGAGCCCACGGAGAGGGACUUCCAGACCAGCCUUUUGAGGAUUCCGACAAGUUCCACUCUUCAGCCCGGGGGCUUCAGGGCCUGGCAUACUCCUAAUCACGGUCUGCCAGUGUUGCCCCCACUGAACCCGGACUGGAGGUCCCUCUGGGAUACACACUCAACGUCCUGGACGGCAGCACAGACAGACGCUGAGCCAGGGCUUCAGGCGGACAUCCACCCAAAGGCCUAAACAGGCCACCCUGUGCUUGAGGCCUCUAGUCCCACAGGCUUCUCUCACCUCCCUUCCUCCGGGCUGGUCGGAAGCCUUAGCACUGUGCUAAUGCUCUUGGCAGGAGAGCAUCCCAGGGGGGUCCCGGGGUGCUGGGCUUUCCUCACUGGGUCAGUUCCUCUGGAAGAGAUGGACCUUGUGCAGACCGGACCAUCAGGCGACAGGAGCAGGGGAUGGGGACCGUGGGGAAGAGGACAGCUCAGGGAGAAGUGGCCUGGGGAGGUCCUGUUUGUGUCUGACCCAUCUCAGCUGGCCCAGCAUCCCGACCUUGCUCCAGGGCAAGGGGUGGUGCCCAGCAGCCUCCCGAGGCCUGCCCAGGCUCCCAUGGAGCUUCCAAUGGCUGCUCGAUCCCUGUGGCUGCCCCCUCCGAGGCCCGCACACUCAUGCUUGCCGCAUAUGAAUCCCACCGGGGGCUUUGGGCAUGGAGUGUGCAGAAGAGGGAGUGCCAAGCCCCCUAAAUGGUGGGUCUUCCUCCCAACGGCUAUCUCAUGGACUCUGGCCCCACUCACACAUGACUCUGGCUGGCCCCAUAGUACCAUGGAAUGGGCCUAGCUGCCACUGGCCUCACAUUCUGCUCUGCUGAGGUUGGAGAAAACAGAACAAUAAACACAGCUGCAGGUGGC